ACGAUCAUUUUGUGAAAAGACGGAAGUGGGAGGAGACGAAGGCAAACAUCAUCAUCAUAAGCAGCACAGAGCUCUUUCUACGCCUGUCAAGGAGAACCGACAAUUUGGCUCCAAGAUGACAGACUCAAAGUACUUCACCACCACCAAAAAAGGUGAAAUCUUUGAGCUGAAGGCUGAGUUGAACAGUGAUAAAAAAGAGAAGAAGAAGGAGGCAGUGAAGAAGGUGAUUGCAUCUAUGACUGUUGGCAAGGAUGUCAGUGCACUCUUUCCAGAUGUUGUGAACUGCAUGCAGACAGACAACCUGGAACUGAAAAAGUUAGUCUACCUCUAUCUGAUGAACUAUGCCAAGAGUCAGCCAGACAUGGCAAUCAUGGCUGUCAACACCUUUGUUAAGGACUGUGAAGACCCAAAUCCCCUAAUUCGGGCCCUGGCUGUUCGCACCAUGGGCUGCAUUCGCGUGGACAAGAUCACGGAGUACCUGUGCGAGCCUCUGAGAAAGUGCUUAAAAGACGAAGACCCCUAUGUGAGGAAGACCGCAGCAGUGUGUGUAGCAAAACUCCAUGAUAUCAAUGCACAACUGGUGGAGGAUCAAGGCUUCCUGGACACCCUCAAAGACCUUAUCUCUGACUCAAACCCUAUGGUGGUUGCAAACGCAGUGGCGGCGCUGUCAGAAAUUGCAGAGUCUCAUCCCAACAGCAAUCUUCUGGACCUGAACCCUCAAACCAUCAACAAAUUACUGACAGCUCUUAAUGAGUGUACGGAGUGGGGACAGAUCUUCAUUCUGGAUUGCCUGGCCAAUUACACACCUCGAGAUGACCGGGAAUCCCAAAGCAUUUGUGAGCGCGUCACUCCACGGCUCUCCCAUGCAAACUCUGCCGUGGUGUUGUCUGCUGUAAAAGUUCUCAUGAAGUUCAUGGAGAUGUUGCCUAAAGACCUGGACUAUUAUGGAACCCUGCUGAAGAAGCUGGCGCCCCCACUUGUGACUCUCCUCUCUGCUGAGCCCGAGUUGCAAUAUGUAGCGCUACGGAACAUCAACCUCAUCGUACAAAGACGACCGGAGAUCUUGAAGCAUGAGAUGAAGGUUUUCUUUGUGAAGUACAACGACCCAAUUUAUGUCAAACUGGAGAAACUGGACAUUAUGAUCCGCUUGGCGUCUCAAGCUAACAUCGCCCAGGUGCUUGCUGAGUUGAAGGAGUACGCCACUGAGGUAGAUGUGGACUUUGUCCGUAAAGCUGUCAGGGCCAUCGGACGCUGUGCCAUUAAAGUGGAGCAAUCUGCAGAACGCUGUGUCAGUACCCUUCUUGACCUCAUCCAGACAAAGGUCAACUAUGUCGUGCAGGAAGCCAUUGUGGUCAUCAAGGAUAUCUUUCGCAAGUACCCUAACAAGUACGAGAGCGUGAUUGCCACUUUGUGUGAAAACCUGGACUCGCUAGAUGAGCCGGAAGCACGUGCGGCCAUGAUUUGGAUCGUGGGGGAGUAUGCUGAGCGCAUUGACAACGCUGAUGAACUUCUUGAGAGCUUUUUGGAGGGUUUCCAUGAUGAAAGCACUCAGGUCCAGUUGCAGCUUUUAACAGCCAUUGUGAAGUUGUUUCUCAAGAAGCCGACAGAGACCCAAGAGCUGGUCCAGCAGGUCCUCAGUCUGGCUACUCAGGACUCUGAUAAUCCAGACUUGAGAGAUCGUGGCUACAUCUACUGGCGUCUGCUCUCCACUGACCCAGCGGCUGCUAAGGAGGUGGUUCUUGCUGAGAAGCCUCUGAUCUCAGAGGAGACUGACUUGAUUGAACCCACUCUGCUGGAGGAGCUCAUAUGCCACAUUGGUACUCUGGCCUCCGUCUAUCAUAAGCCGCCCAGCGCCUUUGUCGAGGGCAGCCGUGGCGUUCAGCACAAAAGACUUCCUGGCAGUGCUGGAUCCGGUGAAAACGUGGAGAGCCCAGACACAGGUUCUGCUGUCGUUGCUUCUGAGGCCUCCCCUGCCGUCAUCCCAUCCCAGGACCUUCUGGGAGAUCUGCUCAACUUAGACCUGACACCUACGACCACAACUGGACCACCACCACCACCCUCUGGGAUGCAGAUGGGAGCGAUGGACCUUCUUGGAGGAGGACUGGAUAGCCUGCUUGGCGGAGACCUUGGAGGAAGUCCCGCUAUGACAGCUGGCUUUGGUGCUCCGCCCACUGCUGGACCACCUUCUUUCACCGCCCCUGUAAGUGGGGGUCUUGAUGACUUGUUUGACCUCGGCGGUGGAGUUGGUAUGCCGAUGGGAGUUUAUGUACCUCCUAAAACGCUUUGGCUUCCAGCUAUGAAGGCUAAGGGUCUAGAGAUUUCAGGCACUUUUGGUCGUCGAGCUGGGGUCGUUCAAAUGGAGAUGACCCUCACAAAUAAAGCAAUGAGCGUCAUGACUGAUUUUGCCAUUCAGUUCAACAGAAAUAGUUUUGGUCUGGCUCCAGCUGGUCCUCUCCAGGUUCUUACUCCAGUUAGCCCGAACCAGAGUAUUGAAGCGGUCCUUCCUCUCAACACUGUGGGGCCUGUCAUGAAGAUGGAGCCUCUUAAUAACCUGCAGGUGGCCGUUAAGAACAACAUUGACGUCUUCUACUUCAGCUGCCAGUACCCCAUCAGCAUGCUCUUCGUAGAGGACGGCAAGAUGGAGCGACAGGUGUUCCUUGCCACAUGGAAAGACAUUCCGAAUGAAAAUGAGUCCAAGUUCCAGCUCAACGACUGCCAUCUUAAUGCAGAUGCGGCAUCAAGUAAACUGCAAGGCAGCAACAUCUUCACCAUAGCUAAGCGAACCGUGGAGGGUCAGGACAUGCUGUACCAGUCCAUGAAACUCACCAAUGGAAUUUGGGUGCUGGCUGAACUCAGGGCCCAGGCAGGAAACCCCAACUACACGGUCUCUCUGAGAUGCAGAGCCCCCGAGGUUUCCCAGUGUGUGUUCCAGAGCUACGAAGCGGUGCUGAAGAACUGAGAAAGGAGGGGCCAAAGUAAAACAAUAAACAGUGAUGGGCCAGAUGCUGCCGUCUGGUUCUCCUGCCCGUGGACCACGUCACACUGUCAUGCAGUGGUUGCUGCAAACUAUCUACCAGCUCUUCAUUAGUUUUUCCAUCGUUUAUUGCUCAGUUUAGAUUUCUUUUCAACCUGAUUGAGUCAGCUUUCUCUAAAUGACCCAGCGCAUCCAAAUGUGCAGGUCUAGCGCACGUGAACUGCAAGCAGAUGGUCUUGGCUUCCUCAUUAGUGUGUGUGUUUGUUUGUGUUUCUUUCAUUUUGACACCAUAUCUGGACUUUGGAUAGACUGAAAGAUCCCUCUGAGGUCUAUUGUAGUCAUUGCAUUCUUUGCUUUUUUUUGUUGGUAGAUGUCCCUGUGUGUGUGUGUGUGUUUGCAUCAGGGCAGCAGAAUGUGGGCAACUGUGAUGAAGGCUGAACAGGACUAAGUGUAAAUGAUGAAGGAGACGUUUGUAACACCAAAGUAAUGUGUGCAUGUUAGUAUGGCUGGCUAGGACAGUGCUCGGUUUCUCACCCUUGUACUCCUGAAGAUUAAUUGAAUUGUUUCCAUCCCCCCCCCCCCCCCCCCAGUCACUACACUGAUGCCCUUUUCAUCAGCUCUGCAAGGUGUAUACAUCUGUCACCUUUUAUAUCGAUUUAUCUUGCAGGUGGCUCUCUUACAGGUGUUUGUAGGGACAUCUGGUGUUUGAAGAAAAAAAAAAAAAAAGGUAAUGCUGAAUCAGUUGUUUUUUUGAUUGGUUGUCCUUUUGAGUCUCCAUCAUUCAAAAUGGAAAUAUUAAAAUUCUUGAUCAAUUGUG